CCGGCUUGUAAGCCUCUCCCUCGCUGGCAGCUGAGCUCUAUGAAGAUCGCUUAGGGCAGAGUGGGCGCUGCUUCUCCCCCCCCCCCACAACACCUGCCCCCCACCCCCAACGAGCGCCCCCAUGGCGAAGGAGAAAUAUAAGAAGGCUCUGCUGGAACUGCUCCGGAGGGAGGGCAACGACGUGUGUGCGGACUGCGAUGCGCCCGAUCCUGAUUGGGCAUCUCAUACUUUAGGAGUGUUCAUCUGCUUAAAUUGUUCGGGAAUCCACCGCAACAUCCCACAUGUCAGCAAAGUGAAAUCUGUCCGUUUAGAUGAAUGGGACAAUGUGCAAGUUGAGCUGAUGGCUUCUAGCGGAAACAGCGUGUCGAAAGCAAAAUACGAAUCGAAAAUACCACCAUUUUAUUACAAGCCAACAUUUUCGGACUGCCCGCUGCUACGGGAACAAUGGAUCAGAGCCAAAUAUGAAAGGAAAGAGUUCAUUUACAUUGAGAAGCAGGAGCCUUACUCUGCAGGGUACCGGGAAGGAUUUCUCUGGAAGAGGGGCCGUGACAACGGGCAGUUCUUGAGCAGGAAAUUUGUGCUUUCAGAACGGGAAGGUGCCCUGAAGUAUUACAACAAAAAUGACGCAAAAGAACCCAAAGCAAUCAUGAAGAUUGAGCACCUGAACGCCACUUUCCAGCCUGCCAAAAUCGGGAACCCGCACGGGCUGCAAAUCACGUACUUGAAAGACAACAGCACAAGGAACAUCUUUGUUUACCAUGAAGAUGGCAAGGAAAUGGUGGACUGGUUCAACGCCAUUCGUGCCGCUCGAUUCCAUUACUUACAAGUGGCAUUCCCUGGAGCGAGCGACCUUGAUCUGGUGCCAAAGCUUUCCAGGAACUACUUGAAGGAAGGAUACAUGGAAAAGACUGGGCCAAAGCAAACUGAAGGCUUCAAGAAGCGGUGGUUCACCAUGGAUGACAGAAGACUAAUGUAUUUCAAAGAUCCCCUGGAUGCCUUCGCCAGGGGGGAAGUCUUUAUUGGAAGCAAAGAAAACAGCUACAAGGUCUUGGAAGGGCUCCCGCCGUCCAUCCAGGGAAAUCACUGGCAACAUGGAAUCACCAUCGUGACUCCAGACAGGAAGUUCCUUUUUGCCUGCGAGACGGAAAGCGACCAGCUGGAGUGGAUCGCAGCUUUCCAGAAAGUGAUCAGUAGGCCAAUGCUGCCGCAGGAAUAUGCAGUGGAAGCCCAUUUCAAGCAUAAACCAUAGUAGUAUCAUGCUGGACAGAACCAAGGAAGGAGAAUCUGUUUACAACCCAAUAACAUUGUUUGUUCCUUGCAAUGUGAGCAACGACAACAUAUUCAGCGAAUCACGUCGGACUAGCAAGGUGGGAGGUGCUAUAACAGGGGCCUCUGGGCCGGCGACAACAGUGUUGUGGGGCCAAAGCAGACAUUUUUUUUAAUACAUAUGAAAAGUUGCAUUUCCUAAGCUGGAGGUGAGGAUGCAUUUCUUAACAUCUCAGGCUGUCUGAAGCACUUCCCUUGGGGACGUUGUCCUUGAACAUGUGACAUUUGGCAAGAGGCUCACCACUAGAGAUUUGGGAAAAUACCCACACAGUCCACUCCCUCCUUAAGCAGCAGUGUUGCCCAAACACUUUCUUAAAGGGUCUAAACAUCUCCAGCGACCAAGGAUGUCUUUUUCAGAGGAUGGCAGCUGUUUGCUUGACAUAUACUGAGAAAACACCCCAGAAAGGGUGUCCUUUGUUAUGCUUAAACCCACUAGGAAGAAUCAUCAUGAAGCCCAGAAGCACUGUGCACGAUGCUGACAUUUCAGCAAAAGACAACCGUCGGCUGGUCACCGCAUCCUGCGAAGCGUCACUUCAUACAACUGUUUGACGAAACGUUUAUGUGCAUUGGUCUGUGGUUCGCCUAUCGCCUUGUGAUGCUACAGGUCUAAGCAGCAGGUCCACCUCUGCUGGAUGAGAUGGCUUUGGUCAUGGCGUGUGGCAGUGGCAGCACGUGAGGGGGAAGGCAGAGGAAGUGGUGCUCCCCCACCAGCGUGCUUGUCAUGAGAGGGCGAGGCGCUGGCAGUGAGGUCACCACCAAUCUGAAGCUCCUUUGAUAGUGAGCACACCGCCACUCAGAUACCUCUGCCUCUGUCUCUCCUCACUCUUUGAACAACCACUGGUGUUUAGGCAUUGGGACCUGUUCAGCGCAUUCAAAUGGAAGAUGGUUAUUCCAAGCCAUGCAGCCCAGUGUGGUUCUGGGCUGAGGCAGGCAACUUGGUGGCCGAGUUAAAAAGUCCCUCCCCUAAUUUCACCCCCCACCCAAUAAGCAGAGGGGGCAAAGUUUACCUGUCGUGGCAAUUAUGCUUGCAGCUCCAAGUGUGUGUCUUUUUCUUUGCUCUCUUUGACCUACUGGGCUUCAGCGCAAUGAAAUCUAGUCCCUGUUCUGGUGAUGAUUCCAUUUGUUGACAUGAUCUUGUGAUGAAGCCAUUUUGGAGUGAGGGCGAUGGCUUCUGACCUCACUCUUGAUGGACUCCCAGGAGUGCAACUGAUAAUGCUGGCACCAUCACAAGAAAAGUGGUGGAAGCCAUGGAAAAGGUAGAGAAAGAGAAACUUUUCACACACUCCUCCUCAGCUCCAACAAAACUGGUCCACCAGAGAGGCUCUUUAGAAUCUGUUUUGCUACCUCUCUGAGGUUAUUGAUGUAGGCCAAAAAAUGUGGCUACCUAUAUUUAAUUUUUACUUGGGAGGCCACAGAUUGAGCAGGCCCAGCCUGAAGCGUGGUAAUCAGACCUACCUUUCCUUUCUGAGCCCAGAGAAUGUUGUGACUUUCUUCCGAUUUUCAUUAACAAAGGGAGCCAUUCGUUGUAAAAAUUAACAGGAAAACUUCUUCCACAUAAGCUCAUUGUUAACAUCAUGGGAUUCUCAGCUGGACUCUUGCUACCGAGCUGAAAUAUAUCCAGUCCUUUGGAAGUGUGCCCGCAUACACACUUUAUUCCCGAAAAUGGUUGAAUGGCUUUGUGUGACAGGUGUGGUUUGAGAUAAAAAUUAGUAUGUGGGAAACUGGGCACAAAUCAGCAAGCUAAGCACUUUUAAGGCUGCAAUCCUGUGCGCUGCUUGGGAAUGGGAGUAUCUUAGUGGGCAGAACACCUGUUGUGCAUGCAGAAGGUCUCAGGUUCAAUCCCCACAUCUCCAAUUAGGGCUGGGAAAAACUCUUACCUGAAACUGUGGAGUGCCAUUGCCGGUCAGUGAAGCCAAUACUGAGUGAGGUACCUUUGGUCUGACUUGGUAUAAGCCAGCUUCCUAUCAGUGCAGUGGGAUUUUCUGGGAUUGGCCUGCAUCACCUGUUCGUUUCAAUGAGGGUUAAGCACAUGCUUAAAUCUCUCCCACUGGAUUCCAUAGGUCUUGAAACUGGCUGGGCCGUACCUAUGCAUUGGUAUGGCCAGGUGGAUACUGCACUUGUCCCAUCCAUGGAAGAGAAUGGGGAAACCUUGUGUGCAUGAGUGUGCGCACAGGGCUCUCUGGACAAGGGUGACUUUCAAUGUUCCUUCUGUGCUGCUAAAUUGUAACUUGAGAAGUGACCUUAACAAAAAAAGCACACUGCUCUGAGAGAAAAUGGUGGGGGAAUCGAGCCCCGAAACUUCCUGAAGGAUGGGGAAUCUGCCUGUGAUGUUAAUAACAGAUGGAUGCUUUGACGAAACAAAGGUUCUUCAUAUGGCCAAUCCAAGACCAUUCCAGGCUAAGCAAAAGGCCUUGCAGAAAGUUUCACGUCACACCAUAAUCCUGCAACCUUGGCAUUAUCAGGAGGUGGACUCAAGUCCCUGAAACUCAUGCCACAAUAAGAUGUGGCACAAAACUAAUAUCUUUGCUGAUUUUGCUGCAACUGACUUAACUACUCCUCCCCCUGUAAAUCGAUCUGGCUCUAAUUAUGCGCAGCUUGUCACAUAACCAGAGUCCUCUGGUGGGGAUGUCUGUCUGUAUAGCCCGAACCCCCCACCCAACCCUCCCCAACACAAGUUCAAUAGGCCCAGCUGAUCAUUGCAAUAUGGAUGAAUGAAUUCAGAAUGAACACCACAUGAGCUUCCAGAGACAGACUUCCCUUGCUGGAUCAGGGUGAAAGUGUGCGACUUGCUCAAGAGUGCAUCUCUGCAAUCUUACCCUGGGCCAGCCCUACUAUUUGACAAAGUGGGCAGCAAAAGCUGGGAGGACACAGCUGGGUGGGUCUCAAGCAGCCUUCCUUGCACCCCACAAACUAGCCUGCUGCCUUCAGGUAUGGUGGAGGAAGCUCUCUUUGCUGCCGGUGUUAAUUCAAUAUUCACUUGCCAAUCAGUUCAGUUUUUGUACGUGAAUAGCGGGGCGGGAACACACCACUGCAUCCUUUGUCUCGGGCAGCAAAACGUCUUGGUCCAGCACUGAUCUACCUAUCCCUGCACUGAAGCUUGUCCCAGUCUUGUACUGGGUUUGUAUCCUUUUCACGCUGAUGAGCAGAAUGGAGCUGGUCCUCAGGGCAUUACUUGUUUUGGGCCCGGACUCUGCAAUGCCACUGCCUCAUUCAGGGAGUGCCAGAAAAAUCCUGCAGGGUGUCCAUUGAAAGGAGCGGCUUGUGGGCAAGAGCAAUGGACAGAACAUCCCUAUUGGUUUCCACCCAGGGUUGACUUAAUCGCAGCUUGCUGGCGGCUGGGUGGGUGGGAAGUGUGGAAGUGAAAUGGUUCUGUUCCCAAGAGAUUCCUAUAGAAGACUGAAAGGGCUAUUUCCCAGGCUCAGCAUGCAGCUUCUUUGGGUAGCUGCUGGUGGUCCCACUGUCCCAACCAAAAGCAUUGCUGGUGCCUGUUCUGGCUACCACCCACCGCCUUCAGCGAACAAAACAAAGCAGCUGGGGUUGGGAACUGCUGUGUUCGUUUUGCACAAUGUUCUGCAGUGAUGCUACAUCAGGGCCAUUGUGGGAAAUUGCAACAGUGGCAUUGGGACCUUGGCAUCUUCUGCUGCUGCCUCUAUCAGGUGCACACUCGCAAGAGCCCUCUGACACAGAAAGGGGGCGCUCUGGAGGGCUUUCUGCUAAGCCCACCCCCCUCUAACCCAAAGCGGUCCCUAUAAGCCUCCCCUCCUCAACAAAACAACCCCAGUUUACACAACAGUGGUAAUAUUUAUUGUUCCAAAAAAACAACAACCCCCAAACAAACCACUACAGGGGGAAUGCAUCAGAAACAUGUCAGGAAGCAAAGUCCAUAUAGAUUUGGUGAAAGACCCAUUAGCUGCAAUGGUUGUCCUGCAGAGGUUGUUGGACUACGGCUCCCAUCAUGCCUUAUCAUUCACCAGGGCGGCUAGGACUGAUGGGAGGAAGAGUCCAACAAUAUCUGGAGGCACUGUGCUGGCUAUUCCUGGCCGAGGGCAUGAGAUCAUAGGUUUUUCUUGCUCCUUUUUUACCCCGCUCUGGUUCGCCAGAAGUGGCUUAGUCAUAUUAGCCACAUGACCCAGAAGCUGUCUGUGGACAAACACCGGCUCCCUUGGCCAGUAAAGCAAGAUGAGCGUCGCAACCCCAGAGUCGUUCGCGACUGGACUUAAUUGCCUGGGGUCCCUUUACCUUCACCUUUAAGUGGCUGUUGCAGAAGUUCAUAGAUUUUGCUGCUGCCAGAGAACCACCCCCAACUAACAAACCUUCGCUGGGACUCCUGAAGUUAGCAAACAAGUUACAAUAUGGUAAAUAUUUCUGCCUUACGCUAUUAUAAGCCACACGCCCCCUCUUAUGGUUCUAGCUGUGUUUACCUUUCUAUUAUAGUAAUACUGACAGAUUUAGCCAGCCUUCAUGCUUUGCCAACAUCUGCUUGCUCUACCACUUGGUUGGCGCUUCGUCUCUCCUCCCCCCCCCCAGCACUGCUGAAUUAUAUUAAUUCUCGCUCCCCCACAGGCUCAACAAUAAUCUCCACCAAUUUCUCAAAUUAUGUAAGAGAGAGCACACCCACAGCAGUAUCAGUGCCACACACAAUACAGCCCUGGUUUCCCCUGAAAUGAUUGCUCAACUUCAGUAAAAGGGAGAAUGGGUGAAGCUGGUAUGUUUCAAGUCUCAGAAUAGAAUGCAUUUCUUUCUUAAGUCAGUGUUUGUAAGAUAAAUGCCCUCUUAUCCAUUGCAUACAUGUGUUAAGUCGCUGGUUAUAAAAAAAAUUUGGUACUAAAUGUCAUCCAUGCCAAUAAAUUAUUAUUCUGUCUGAUCAA